UUAUCACUAAAUCCACUGCUUUGCAUUUUGGAAAAGGUUUUUCACGUUUGUGUUUAUUUCGGCAGGAAAUUUGCAGUUCUCCUUCUUUCCGAGGCUAGCUUAAUCGUGUAGACGGCCCAGAGUCCGCGAUUAAAACUAGUAAUAGUGCCCAACACAGAAAAACAACGCCCACUUCGGUUCCGUUUCCUAACUCGGUCAUCAAACUCCGGCGAAUCAAAACUACGUGUGUGGUUGGAACUUGCGUGCAUUUAUUCCUGAACAAUGGCCGAGACAUUCACCUUUGGCACCUCCCUGGCCUCAAUAACCUGCCACGCCUGGAACAAGGACCGGACGCAGAUUGCCUUAUCGCCCAACAACCAUGAGAUUCAUAUAUACAGCCGCGAUGGCAACGACUGGAAAUUGGCCGACGUACUAAACCAGCACGAUUUGCGUGUGAUGGGCAUUGAUUGGGCCAAGAACACCAAUCGCAUAGUGAGCUGUGCAGCCGACCGGAAUGCCUAUGUGUGGACCCAGGGCGAGGAUGAAAAGUGGAAGCCCACUUUGGUGCUGCUACGCAUUAACCGCGCAGCCACAUGCGUCAAGUGGUCGCCGGCGGAGAACAAGUUCGCCGUUGGCUCUGGGGCUCGCCUCAUUUCGGUCUGCUACUUCGAGUCGGAGAACAAUUGGUGGGUGUCCAAGCACAUCAAGAAACCGAUUCGAUCCACUGUCACCUCUCUCGACUGGCAUCCGAACAACGUACUGCUGGUGGCUGGCUCCACGGACUACAAGGUGCGAGUAUUCUCGGCGUUUAUUAAGGAUGUCGAGGAGCCGCCGUCACCCACGCCCUGGGGCAACCGCAAGCCCCUGGGCCAGCUGAUGGCCGAGUUCAAGAACUCUCAGACCUCCGGUGGCGGCUGGAUCAACAACGUGAGCUUCUCUAGUGACGGCAACAAGGUCUGCUGGGUGGGACACGACAGCUGUGUGAGCAUUGCCGAUGCCACCAACGGCAACGCCAUCACACGCUGCCGCACCGGCUACCUACCCUUCCUCUCCUGCGAGUGGGUCUCGCCCACAACCGUCGUUGUGGCUGGCUAUAGCUGUGUGCCCCUCCUCUACAGCCUGACGGCGGACAACAAGCUGGUGCUGAGCGGCAAGCUGGACAAGUCGCAAAAGCGCGAGUCCAGCGGCAUUUCGGCCAUGCGCAUCUUCCAGUCGAUGGACCGCAACAUGCGCACAGAGAACACGGACACUGUGGUGGACUCCAUCCAUCAGAAUGCCAUCACAAGUGUGCGCAUCUAUGCUGGGGACAAGGCCAGCGCAAGUAAGGUGUCCAGCUCGGGCGUGGAUGGGCAGCUGGUCAUCUGGACUGUGGAGCAGGGCGGCGUCAACAUCAAUGGCGGCAUGCGCAACCUCCAGAUCUAGUGUGUGACGUGUUAAUAUGUAUGUUAGAGUGUUGGCCUGGCCAGGUGCGCAGUAUUUGCCAAAAUGUUUUCCAAAAUCAAAUUUCUUAUCGUUUGUACCGUGUGAGAGCCGUUUUAUAUAAAUUAACUGAAGAGAUUUUUUUCUUUUCUCGUACUUCCUCAAUA